AGCAUGUCUUAUCAGCUCUUGCACCGGUGCUCGGCGGCCGUCGUCGACAUUGCGGUGAGCCCUCUCGGGCACCUCAUCUACUUCGCCACCACGUCCUGCGCCGGGUGGGGGCUCCUCGCGGCGCUCACGGUGCGGGCGCCCAACCGGAGGCCCCGCGGCAUCGACAUGUUGUUCACCGCCGUGUCCGCCGCGACGGUCUCGAGCAUGUCCGCCGCCGAGAUGGAGGUGUUCUCCGACGGCCAGCUCGUGGUCCUCACCGUGCUCAUGCUCUCGGGAGGCGAGGUGUUCCUCUCGUUCCUGGGGCUCGUGUCCAAGCUAAUGAUUCUGAGAAACGACAGUUACCAGCCCGUUCCCGCAACCACGGAGGAUCCCCCGAGCCCGAGGCCGCCAGGAGAUGCGGAGGCGGAGGAUCCCCUGAGGCGAGGAUCCCCGGAGGCCAGCAGAAACGGUUACCAGCGCGUUCCCCCGACCGCGGAUCAUCCGGAUCCCCCGAGGCGACGAGAUGCGGUCUGCUCGCUGGUCUGCAUCGUGCUCGCUAUCCUCCUAGUGGCGAACGUCGGGGGCGCCGCCGCCGUCGCGGCGUACAUCUACGCGGCGCCCGGCGCGAGGUGGACGCUGAGCCGCAAGUCCCUUGGCGUGGGCAUCUUCGCGGUGUUCACGACGGUGUCCACGUUCGCCAACUGCGGGUUCGUGCCGACGAACGAGAACAUGAUGGUGUUCAGCCGGGACCUGCCGCUGCUGGUGCUGCUCGCGGCGCUGGCGCUGGUGGGCAACACGCUGUUCCCGCAGGUGCUGGCCGCCUGCGUGCACGUGGUGUGGCGGCUGCGGCCGGAGGAGCCGCCCGUGCCGAUGAUGAUUCCCGGGGAGACGACGGGGUACGACCACCUGCUCCCGCCGCUCCGGUGCCGGAUGCUGGCGGCGACGGUGGCCUUCUUCAUCGCCAUGCAGGCGGCGCUGCUGUGCGGGAUGGAGUGGGGCGGCGCGCUGCGGGGCCUGAGCGCGGUGGAGAAGGUGGUGAACGCGGUGUCCCUCGCUGUGAACUCCCGGCACACCGGCGAAUCCACCCUCGACCUGUCCACACUCGCGCCGGCCGUCGUCGUCCUCAUGAUGUGAGUGGCUCCAUACAUCUCUCACAUGUCUGUUUCAUGUUGUAGCUAGCAAUUCUAAGUAGAUCCAUGAAUCGCUUACACACUAGCUAGCUAGGUGCUCGAUGCGACCAGCAACACGAUGAGGCGAUCACGCCAUGGUGCAGUGCCAUGGCGACACGAUGAGGCGAUGAGCUAGCAGAGCGUGUCGGCGGCGAUGAUUGAGCGGCCUCGCCUUCUCGUGGAACGAAGGCCCGGUCCGGCCCGGAGACAGGAAGGUCGUGGCGGUGUAUCACUAUGAACAGUACAUGAAGAGGACCAUGAGCAGGUGGUAGGACCAUGACCUUAAUUAAUUCUACAAGCAUUGAUUGAUAGAUGUCGGCACAGGGACGCGCGUAUGUGCUUCGACGCCAAGGCGCUGCGUACUGCUGCUGCCUAGCUGCAGCAAACACACGCAGCUGUCUAGCAAACACACACAUUAGGAGCUUACUAUAGGUUAUUUUAUGUAACAGUAAAUGUGGAUAAUUUAUAUUAAAUUUUAGGGCUUACUUUAUGUUAUUUUCAUAAUUGCUGGGAUAGGUAAUUUAGACAUAAAUAUAUAGAAAGAUAUAUAUUUUACACUGUUUUUUUUCGUAAUGGUAGGCUUGGAGCUUUUUUACAAACUAUGAUAGACCU